AUGGCGCCGCCGCCCCCUCCCAAGGUAGCGUCCAGAGUGGCCAGGCCAGCAGCGAGGUAUCGACCGGGCAAAGCACCAUCUGGUGCUGGAGCAGCACUCGAUGAGUACUCGGACUCGGAUGCGUCAGAUCGCGAGGACGAGCAGCCUGAUACCCGCAACGCAAGCGCAAUCAACAUCGCGGAUCUUUCUUUAGGCUCAGCGCAGCAGAGGCGGACAGCAGGAAUUGUCAUCAACGACAGUAAGAAGCUCGACCUGCGGUUGAAUCCCGCUUCGAUAACAGCAGCAGACGACGGGGAGCAGGACUCGUCCGAGUACGAGACGGACACAGAUCAGGACGAAGAAUCAGAUAGACCCGUAUUUCGCAAACCCGGCGCUCCUGCAUCCGCACCACAGCAACAGCCGGAAGCGACCGACUCGUCCGAGUACGAGACCGACUCUGAAGAAGAGACCGACGAAGAUGAAUCCACACCGGCACCAUUGCUCAAGCCGAUCUUCGUGCCCAAAAGCGCUCGCACCACCAUCUCAACCACAACGUCAGCAGAUCAGCAGCAGCCCGCUGACGACCUAGAAGCCAAGGCCGAAGCGCUGGCCGCCCAACGCCGUAAAGAAGCGCACGACCUCGCCGAAGCAACCAUCAAACGUCAACUCGCCGAAAAGGAAUACCAAGAAUCGCACAUCAUCGACUUCGACGACACAGACGGACUCGACCCAGAAGCCGAAUUCCAAGCAUGGCGCCAACGCGAGCUCGCCCGUCUACGUCGCGAUCACGAAGCCGUCCUUGCAAAGCAACGCGAGCAGCAAGAGACCGACGCCUUCAAAUCUCUCCCCGAAGCAGAGAAGGAACGACUGGGUCGGGAGAGGGCAGCUCAAUCGCGGGCCGAGAAGAAGGAGCAGAGGGGCAACCCUGCGUUUUUGCAAAAGUACUACCACAAGGGGUCCUUCUUCCAGGAUAUGGAUAUCUUGAAGAGGGACUAUAGCGAAAAGACGACCAAGGAUGUAGAUGUCAGCAAAUUGCCAAAGAUGAUGCAGGUGAGGGGAUACGGGGUGAAGGGAAGGAGCAAGUGGACUCAUCUGGCGAAUGAGGAUACGAGCAAAGGCAGGAUGCAGGUGGAGCGGCUGGGGAGUGAGAGCGGGUGUUUCAGGUGUGGUGGUCCUCAUUUGAAGAAGGACUGUCCAGAGGUUGAUGGGAAGGGGGAGGGUGGAAGUGGUGCGAACAGUAGCGCUUUAGCGAGUGAGGGAUCUCGAAGAUGGGGAAGCGAGCGCGCUGACGAUACAGUCGAACGACGCGAAGCCGAAGACUCACAGCGACAAAGAAGUAGAAGCCCACCACGGCGAGGAUCGAGCAGAUACGACGCAGGCGCUUCCUCUUCACGGGAACCGCGGCAUCGAUCCCCUAACGACGACCGCUCGCAUCGAGAUCACAAACAUCGCAGCUCAACCCACACUCCUUCAUCCUCGCACCGUAGAGACGACGACACCAGUCGAAGCCACCGUCACUCCCGCGACGAUCGGAAAGAACGCACCCAUCGCCGCGACUCCGACAGACAAGACGAUCAUCACCAUCACCGCUCAAGCCAUAGAGACCGCGAUCAUCGCUCCAACUCCUCACGCCACCGCUCCUCCGACAGCCACGACAAGCACAAACGUCGAGACCUCGACGAUCACACUAGCACCAGCAGACAUGACGAUCGCGAGUCGCACCGCAAACGCUCGCGGCUCAAGACAUGA